ACAUUAUAACAACAACAGUGUUUGAUGAUGAACACAACAACAAAAUAUAAUAAAUAAAUACCUUGAUAAAUUGAUUGUAAUAAUAAUAAGGGCAACAUUAAAAAAAGACAACCUCAAUUAAUAAAAUGCAACACAGUUAAAGUAAAUACAAAAUAUACACAUGCAUAUAUGAAAACCUAAGUUAAAUAUAAAAUUAUGAGUGACAAGCACCCAUGUCACUAUUAGCCCCUGAUCAAUUAACUACACACGUUUUACCCUUUGAAACAAUCAAGCAGCCGACUGACCAAAGAAAUAGUGUAACAUUAAUGGAAAAUGUUACCAACAUAUGAACGAUUAAAUGCUCCAAAGACCCUAAUCAAUGUUGCCUUCUCCAAAUUAGCUAUAGGUGCGGUAAGUUUAGCACUGGGUGCUUUUCUUUUUACGAUAAUAUGGACCUUAAUGUUUGAUUUUGAACGGGCCACUUAUACGCACUGCGAUGUACCCAAUUAUUUACCUUCCAUAUCGGCGGCCAUAGGAAACUAUGAGCCUCAAAAGACUGUCUGGAGGCUGGCCAUAAUUUUGCAUUUACCCAUACGUUUGGCUGUUUCACACAUCUACUCAAAAUACUAUCGUGAUCAUAUACGCAAGAAUCGUCGCAUUUUUGCUCGCACCGCGGUGACUUUAAAUAUAAUAGAAAAUUUUGCUUUACUAAGUUUGUCACUAUGGACUUCUUCCGAUGAUUACGAAAUGCAUAGGAAUUCGUUUGUAACUUUUAUUGCUUGCAGUGAACUAUACAUGCUGAUAACAUAUUUUCUACAUAAAAAUGGGCGUAAACUACAAUUAACAGAAUUGGAAGAGAAAUCUGUUAGAUUUAAAUUUUAUUUGUUUCUUACAAAUUUGGUGGCAUUUGCCAUGGCGGGCUAUUUUUUCUUAAGGCACAAUGCAAAAUGUGAACCGGGAGUUUAUACUUUCUUUGCCUUAUUCGAGUACAUAGUAGUUUUUACCAAUAUGGGUUAUCAUAUGACUGCCUAUUGGGAUUUCUUCGGUGUCAAUAUUUGUUUCGAUUGGGAAAAUGGACUGUAUUUAUCGCACUUAUAGUUAGUAGACUCCUCCUAUUAAUUGACUUAACAAUUUCAGUAUGGAAAAACUUGAUUAAGAUUUUAAAAAUUUUACAUAUUUGUUUCCAUAUUGUUAUAGUUAUCCAUUGAUUUGAUUUUUAAAUCAAAUUACAUACUAACAAUCAUAAUUUUAAACUAGUUUAAAAUUGAAAACCGCUAGUUUCUUUAGCCUUUAACUUUUUUCAUAGUAUUUUCUUCUAAAAAAAAGUCUAAUAUUGUUUAAAUUAUAUUUUUAAUAACUUAGUUUUACGUUCAAAUUUUUGCCAGCUUCAGGGAAUCGACUUUUUUUUAAUUAAAUUAAAAAAAUGUACAUAUACAUACACAAUUUUUUUGUCUUUAAUUAAAAAUUAGCUAGCUUGUUUAUUAAAAUAAAAUUAUUAAAUUUAUAGUUAAUACAUUUUUUUUAUUACUUAAAUACAUUUAUAUAAUUAAGUACAUAUUUAUAACGAAAGGCUACAAUUUAAAAUUAUAACGAUAACUUAAAUAAAAUAUAAAAAAUACUUUCUAAAAGUCUAAAAA